CCUGUCCUUCCCGACCCAGGGCAAAAAAUUUCGCUCCCAUAAAUUCCCGUCGCAGGAACCGCGAGUUUUUUCACGGCUUCCCUCCAACACCAUCCUUCACAGAGUUCUUUUCUCUGUCCAGUUUCUUUCUUUUCACAUCUCCACUCACUCCCUUAAGUCAAGCGAUUGCUUAGGUCAACCGCCAAAAUGACUUCCAAGGAUGACAUCCGCAUCAUGGGCAUGCCGCCCUUCAUGAUUGACUUCCUGAUGGGCGGUGUCUCCGCUGCCGUCUCGAAGACUGCCGCUGCUCCCAUCGAGCGUAUCAAGCUCCUCGUCCAGAACCAGGAGGAGAUGCUGAAGGCUGGCCGCCUCGACCGCCGCUACGAUGGUAUCAUGGACUGCUUCAGGCGUACCACCGCCGAUGAGGGUGUGAUGGCUCUGUGGCGUGGCAACACUGCCAACGUCAUCCGUUACUUCCCCACCCAGGCCCUGAACUUUGCCUUCCGUGACAAGUUCAAGAAGAUGUUCGGCUACAAGAAGGAGAAGGACGGAUACGCAAAGUGGAUGGCUGGUAACCUGGCCUCGGGUGGUGCCGCUGGUGCCACCUCGCUCCUCUUUGUCUACUCCCUGGACUACGCCCGUACCCGUCUGGCCAACGACAACAAGUCGGCCAAGGGCGGUGGCGCGCGUCAGUUCAACGGCCUCGUCGACGUCUACCGCAAGACCCUGGCCUCUGACGGUAUUGCCGGUCUGUACCGUGGCUUCGGCCCCUCGGUCGCCGGUAUCGUCGUCUACCGCGGUCUGUACUUCGGCAUGUACGACUCCAUCAAGCCCGUCGUCCUGACCGGCAACCUGGAGACCAACUUCCUCGCCUCGUUCGCCCUCGGUUGGUGCGUCACCACCGGUGCCGGUAUCGCCUCUUACCCGCUCGACACUGUCCGCCGUCGUAUGAUGAUGACCUCUGGUGAGGCCGUCAAGUACAGCAGCUCCCUGGAUGCCUUCCGCCAGAUCGUCGCCAAGGAGGGUGUCAAGUCGCUCUUCAAGGGUGCCGGUGCCAACAUCCUGCGUGGUGUCGCCGGUGCUGGUGUCCUGUCCAUCUACGACCAGCUCCAGCUCAUCAUCUUCGGCAAGGCCUUCAAGGGUGGCUCUGGCUAAAUGUCUCGGCCAACCCCUCUGUAUAAUUUCUUGGGAGUCAGUCGGGUGAGCGGUGACGUCUGGCCCAAGGCCAGCCAAGCGCGACUUACCCGAGCCGUCUCAGGGUCGGAUGUUUGAAUGGGGAGUCGGACGGUAGAUUCGGUUGGAGGUUUCCACGGCGAACGUGGCACCUCAGCUUCCGAAGGACUUUGCGGACGUUAAAAAGGCUAGCGGGGCGUUUGGCAUCUUUCCUUGUGCCUGGCCGACUUUUUUCUCGACCGCUGUAAUUUAUACAAUCUAGGCCAGUUUCCCCGGUGUCUUCCUUGCAACGAUCGUCUACGCUCGAGAUAUCCUGGGUUAUAUGGUCGGGUUUCCUUUCAUCGCACGACUCGAUAGAUUCCUUUUUGGUAGCUGCGGUUCCAGACCGUCAAUGCCAUGAUUUCCUUGAUAAACAUCGUUGU